AUGGCCAAAAUGGGAUCGGCAAUCGCUACACUGAAUCAACGCAUGACUGAUCGAGCGUCGGUGCAAGGACCCACAUUACGCCCUGAUUUAAUGUGCGAAAAUUACGCUGCGCAAGUGAAGAAGACACCACAUCCGCUCAGCUACAUUGAGAUCAGCAAUCUUCCAAACACGUGGCCCGUGUCGGUUCAUGAGAGUGAGACCGAUGUGCCGCUGUUUCUGUACUCAGUCCGAGUAUACAGUCCCGAUGUGACAAUGACAUGCACCUUAGUAACAUCUACCUUUUCUCCGGACUUUACUAUAACAGAUGCUGGUAAUUAUAAUUGGGAUAUAAAGCUAAAAAGUAGUACGACUCUGGACGAAAGCACGAAUCCAUCGAUAAACCUUAGUGUAUCAUGCGGCGAUACAAGCAACCAAAAGACAGGCAUUCUUACUGUAACUGUGAUAGAAAACGUGAAACCUGUCUUCACUGAUUUAACACCGGAGGUAGAUAUCUCUGCACAGACGACAAGGGUCGGACAAGUGAUCUACACGUUCGAGUUCACAGAUCCAGAUAGUAGCAGUAGUUCUCUUACAUAUGCCAUAGUCCCACCCUCGAGUGUAUUCAACAUCAGCGGAGAAUCUUUGGUGCUUUCAACCGAUCUCUCUAAAACAAAAACUACAAGUUACAGUGUAACGGUUGAAGUUCGUGAUGAAGAACUAGGAAACCAGCAAUCGAUUCCCGUUACAAUCAACGUGAACGAUAUUAAUGCCAUACCCGAAUUUAUUAAGACCUCGGAUACGAAAGCGUUUCCGGAAAUGACCAAAGGGAGAAAACUCCUGUACACGAUAGGACACUCGGACGGCAAUGGGGACGAUGUGCAGAUCACCUACGUUACCACGAACACUAACAAUGAUUUGUUCUUCGACCUCGUUCCAUCAACUGGUGAGGUGUACCUGCUAGACGGUAUGGAGUUCAACUACGAAACCGUGAGUUCGUACACCCUGGCGGUACAAAUAGAGGACUGGCUCGAGAUGCAAUCCACCCAGUUCAUUCUUACGAUCCAAGUCACGGACGUUCCCGAGGGUCCCUGGUGGACAGAUGUGCCGGCUACAUUAACUAAAGAUGAAGCCAGUAAAGGAGUAUUGGUCGGUCAGCUUUCAAGCUUCUGCGAUGACUUUGAUAACAUGCCUCCGGACAACAUAACGUACGCCAUACUCUUCAGCGCGGAGUCAGCGUAUUUCGCUAUAGACAAUUACAGCGGGAUAGUAACCUUCGCGCAGGAUUUCGAUUACGACGACCCCAAUUUAGCCAACGCACUGAACCUCACCAUCCGAUGUUCUGACAUCAAUGGAUUCAGUGCGGACACGUUCCUUCAAGUCAUCGUCAAUGACGUCAACGACAAUGCACCCAUCUGCGCACCAAAGCCCAAAUCGCUGAGCCUGCGAUAUGACCAACAGGUUAACACGCCCCUGUCCUUCCUGGAUUGCACCGACAAAGACAGCACGGUGAACGCAGAACUCGACUACAAUAUAAUAGGACUUGCAAAAGGAUACUCUAAAACGUAUUUCCAGGUCGAUAGCGGUGGUAAUGUGUCUAUCUCAAAGACGUUCGCAAUGGACUUCAAUACGUCGUUUUUCGUCACAAUCAAAGUAAAGGACAGAGGGACACCGUCGCUUUCUAUAACUGUGACACUUACGAUCACUUACACUGAGAAGCCUUGGAACAUCACUUAUACAAAGGUCGAUGAGUGUUUCAUUUGCACAACGAGUGCUAUAUCCCUUCUAGCCGCAUUAGGUCUCUUCGCAUUGAGUGUAACGAUUUGCCUUUUAUACCUGCUGAUUCUGAAAUGCGCUUAUGACAUCGAACGAAGAAAAAUGGCAAAAGCAUUUGCAAAGAAGGAAAAGAGAAGCUGGCGAUGGUUCGGGUGUUGGCGCCCAGGGGAAGAGGACCCGAAAAAGACGAAAGAAGAAAUCAAAAAGAAAAAGAUUAAAGACCAAGAAUACGUGCGCGCUAGAAAUCAGCUGCUCGGUAUAUCUGAAGAGGAGGCUUUCGGUGAGAUGGAAACAGUUCUGAGUGACGUGCCCUCGCAGCGUUACCGGAGGAAAAAUAAGGCGCCUUUCCAGCCAACGUCAGCAACAAACACGACGUACGUCGGAAGGGAACGCGACAAGACGCCCGAUAUAGGACUUAAAGCAAUGCAGCAGCCGUUGACAGAGAGCCAGAAGAUAGCGCUGAAGAAGUUCAAUCAAAUGAAAGACACGACAACUACCGACAAAGGACCAACCGCCCAGGCAGCUAGCGGAAUGACGUGGACUUUUAUGGGAAGGAAAAAAUAAUUGUUUUAUUUCUGAAAUGACCCUCUCUAGGUCAAAUAUUCAUAACAGUUUUGGUAUUAUCUAUCAUGCUUAUUAUAUCAUUCAUUACAUUUUCGCUCACUGUGUAUUUAAAAUGAAUAUACAUACUGUAAAACUUCAUCUCAAACGAGGGACGUAUUAAAUGUUAUUGUCAACUGAUUAUAGUUUUGAACAAACUGUGUUAUUGUUAAUAGAAAAGUUAUUGUUAUGUUAUUAUGUGUAAUAAAUUAUUUAUUUAUUGAUUCAUUUAUUUUGCAUUCCUCAUUUUUAAAAAUGUUUUACUGGUUGCUUUAUCUAUUUAUGUUUACAUUGCUUAGACUCAAAUAUAUGAUCUGUUAUAAGACAUGUUUUACAUCCAAACAUCUUGUUGCUGUAUUUACUUAUAUUUAAUAAUAAUGUAUUGACUUAAAACACGUUAUUUAAUGCUAAAUGAUUUUUUAACUACUAUAUAACCGACUCAACAAGUUAAAUUUGCAUACAAUAUUAUUUAGUUG